CUCCUUUUUAUUUUUCCUUCGCCCAGGGCCAUAUUUGGGUGCGGCAUGUAGUUUUGUCGACCUGCGGGUUACUAUGCAUGGACAGUUAAUAACGAGCAAAAAAUGGUCCAAAGAAUAUUGGAUGAACUCGUCUGAGGCAACGAUGCCUAUUCUAGGUAUUAAUGACUCGGAUAUAGAUAUUAUGUAAGGAGAUGUCUAAUUUACAAGUCCAAUAUAAUACAAAAUACAGUCUAUCUUAGAAAUACAAAUAUAAAUACAACAGCAAGAAAGCCUGCUUAGUUCAUUCUGUAGGCGAUCCAAAGAGUUCUGAAUGCACCUUUUCAUCUGCCACCCCCAUAUCCUUGAGCGCCUUACAUUGCGCCUUGAUGAAUGGCGCCGGACCACAUAUGUAGUAGUCGGCCUCGGGCAAAAGGACCGUGUCCUUGAUUUUGACCAUGUCCACUCUUCCGACGUGGUCAUAGUCCUCACCCUGUCUAUCAGCGUCCGUGGUCUCUUCGUAGAAGAUGGCACGAUCAAUAUCGCUCCGUGCCGCCAUGACGGCUCCAAGUUCGCCCUUCAUGGCAUGUGCGCGGCCGUUUCUCGCAGCGUGUACAUAGACCACCUUUCUCUUGGUAGGUUGUGCAAUAGCCGUCUUGAGCAUGGUCAUCAUUGGCGUCUGGCCCACACCACCACUUACCAAUACGACAGGCGUGGUGGCGGUGGUAUCAAGCACAAAGUCGCCAAAUGGCAUACUGACUUCCACUUCUGAGCCAACAGCGAGUCCCCGAUGCAAUAUGUUGGACACUCGGCCAGCCGGCUGAACAUGAGACCCAGGCUCUCUUUUGACCGAGAUCUGAAAGUGUGUCUGGUUAGGAAUAUCCGAUAGACUGUACUGUCGUGGCUGGUACGCCUUGAGUUCAGGCACAUAGCAUCGCACACUGACAAAUUGACCGGGCUUAAAGGCUGGAAGGGCCUGUCCGUCCACGGGAGACAAGUGGAACGAGACAAUGUCGUCACUCUCUUGCUUCGUCGCAGCAAGGACGAACUUGCGCCACCCUUUCCAACCUCCAGGUGUCCUUUGAGCGUUUUCGUACAAGCCGCCCUCAAAGUCAAUGAAGAUCUUUGCGAGCUGGCCAUACGCGGCUUUCCAUGCGUCGAGAAUAGCCGGAGUGGCAGCCGUACCAAGAGUCUGCUGGAUCGCGCCAAGGAGGUUCUCCCCAACAACAGCAUACUGCUCCGGGGUAACUCCCAGACUGACAUGCUUGUGCGCAAUGCGAGAAACCACGGGCAACAGUACCGCCGGGUUUUCAAUGUUGGCAGCAUACGCCAGGACAGCAUGAGCAAGCGCGGCAGGCUGCUCGCCGGUGAUUUGGUGGGUGAUGUUGAACAUGUUGCGCAGCUGCGGGUUAUCACGCAACAUGUUCUUGUAAAAGAGUGUUGUGAUAGCCACGCCGUGUUGCUGCAGAGCCGGUAUAGUGAGUUUGAUAGUCUCCAUUUGCUGCGGCGUCAUGCGCUUGGCGGUUGUUGCGCUGAAGCCGCGCUGGAGGAUACGCUUGGCGGAUACGCAUCGAUUGAUCCGAGGAGUAAACAUAACUCGAUAGUAUGUGGUAUGUGUGUGUGUAUAAUAGAUAUUGUAUGAUUGGUCUUGUGUGCCUAUACUUACAGGCUACCCGAGCGACUGCCGGCUUCCGGGGACUAUUUAACGGUGCGAUCGGAGCCCCGGUGGCCAGCCCACCCGUAACGGCUUUUCCCGAAAACAACAGGUGAUGUUGACAUCAUGGCUCCAGUCUUGCGAUUUCGACUUUGCAAGGGGCCCAGACUAUAAAGAAAACGGUGCAUCUCCGAGGAAGGUCAGCAAAAGAAAAAAUUGUAAUUGGCUAUGACUCCCUUGUACGAUUCGCGACAUGGCUUGGCCGGCUAUCCCACCCUAUAGAAUUGGUAAUCGCUGCAAUUUUCGUAGCACGUGGACAUGGCCGGUAUUUUACGCGACGGGCUUGGCUCUCGAUUUUGACUCUGUAACUUGUGAACAGAGUUUCUGAUAUCUGCGACGGUUAAUUUACACAACGUUCGAUCAGAAUAAUGGAAUCUUACUGCCUAGAGUCAGUCACUGAGUAGUUCAAGCUCUACCGGCUCGUGAUGGUAGAGCUCGAUCUAGGAGCUACUGAUCAUGGUGUCUAACAAAAAACGGCUGUAUAUUGCGCUGUACCCGAGUGGGGUGAGGGACAAUAUCGAGCGAAAAUACCACUGGGGGUUUUUAAUCGGUCCAAAGCUUGAAUCGCAGGCUCAGGUUCCGGGCGUACAAUACCAUGUCAAGAACACUCCGUUUGAGGGUUGGGUUUAUGAAGAAAAUCCCCUUCAAAAUGUGAAGUGUACAGCUCCGCUCCUUGCACGCGUAUUAAUAGCAAAAGUUAAAGACGAGGGUAGACUCAUUAAAAUUUUCCGGGAUACACCGGUUGUCCAGAACAACGCUGACUGGCGUUGCCGCACUUGGAUUGCGGAUGCGUUACGGAGGAUUUCAGAAGACGGCGGCGCAGUAGGAACUGCAGUACUGGAUUGGGCUAAAAUAGAGCGAUGCGCACGCGAUUAUGUCUCCAAAAAAUCAGAUGAAGGGAGAUAUGGACCGGGCAAAGACAUGUUAAUGGAUAAGCCAACGUGGGAUAUGAUUGAGCGCAAGGAACUGAUCUCGUGAAUUGGGUCAAGUUGGUUUUUCGUCCAAACAAAAAGACCAAAAAACAUGCAAUAUAUGGUAUCCGCUGCUUGUUACUGUAUCAAUGAGCAAGCUAUGGUCAUAUAAACCAAAAACGCAAAAAUCAGAGCGAGAUAUUUAACUAAGAUUUCUUUUUUUGUUCCCGUAAAAAU